GGAAACAAUGUAAGCUAACGUCAUUCAACGCUGCUUCAGGACAAGGAGGGUACUUGCUAGCUAGAUUACGUUUGUCCGCUUUAGCAUUAAAGCUAACUAGGGAUUCGCAUUCAGGCGAUCAAAUGUCGAAGGUUUUAGUUUGACAUUAAAGAUAGUCACUUAAGUGGACGCCUAUUCGGGGAUGAGGCACCUCCUCCGCUUGCCAGUUCCUAAAAUGAUCCGCCUUAUGUGGCCAACAAUGUCCCCGUUUAAGUCCCAACAUCAAGCCUCUCCACUGUUGACCUCGUCUUCCCAGGGAGACAGCACUUGGAACGGAUCCCACAACAAGAAGCCCCUGCUGUCAGAUCCAGGACUCUUUGAAUCCCAGUUCGAGGAGUUGGUGCAGGAGCUGACCGAGCAGGACGUCACUGAUCCCGUACUGGCGGAUGCCCUAAACAGGCUGAAAGAGGUUUUGCUCUACAAUGCUCCUGGAGGCAAGAGGAACCGGGGCCUGUCAGUGAUUGGCUCCUUGCGGGAGCUCAUCCCACCGACUCGGCUCACACAGGACACCGUGCAGCGCGCCCUGGUGGUCGGCUGGUGUAUUGAAUUGCUGCAGGCGUUCUUCCUCGUCGCCGACGACAUCAUGGAUGCAUCGGUGACCCGCCGAGGACAACCCUGCUGGUACAAGAAGGACGGUAUCGGCUUGGAUGCCAUCAACGACGCCUUCCUCCUGGAGGGCUCCAUUUACAGGCUGCUACGCAGACACUGCAGGACCCAGCCCUACUAUCUCCACCUGCUGGAGCUUUUCACUGAGACGUCCUUCCAGACCGAACUCGGUCAAACCCUGGACCUCAUGACGGCGCCCCCUGGUCAGAUUGACCUGAACAGAUUCACCACGGAGAGGUACAAAGCUAUUGUGAAAUAUAAGACGGCCUUCUACUCCUUUUACCUCCCAGUGGCAGCAGCCAUGUACAUGGCUGGAAUCGAGGACGAAGAAGAGCACAAAAAUGCCAAACACAUUUUACUUGAGAUGGGAGAGUUCUUCCAAAUCCAGGAUGAUUACCUGGACUGCUAUGGAGACCCGGCGGUGACCGGAAAGAUUGGCACCGACAUCCAGGAUAACAAGUGCAGUUGGCUGGUCGUCACGGCGAUGGAGGUCCUGACCGCUGAGCAGAGAGCAGAGUUGGAGGCCUGCUACGGUCGUCACGACGACGCCAGCGUGCGAAAGGUCAAAGCGCUCUACGACGCCUUGCAGAUGCCGAGCCUGUACCGCAAAUACGAAGACGAGAGCUACCGCCGGCUACAGAAGCUCAUCGCCCGUCACGCUCAGAACCUCCCCCACGCCGUGUUCCUCAACUUUGCCAAGAAGAUCUACAAGAGGAACAAGUGAGAUGGAGGGGGGGUGUCACACAUUUUGGGGACAAUGUCACAUGACCUGGUAUUCAUUCACAUAUGAUCUGUUUGGAUUCCCUGGGAGUUAUGGAGUUACACGUCCAGGCAGACCUUCUUUAUUCAUUCUCUAUUUUUUAUAUCGCUGCUAUUAUCCUGGCCUGCCUUGGAUUGAAUGUUUUAAUAAAUAAUACAUGACAAGUACGAUCUGCCACGUCAUAUUCUAUGGAAGCAGGGACUGAGUGGAGAAACAUUAUUAUUAUUCUAGACUAAAUGUGGGCAAUUUCUGGAGAAAUGCAAUAAAAGUCUUGUGUGGAGCCGUCAAACAUCAAAGAACAUCAAAGGAACAUCAAAGGUAAAUGUUCACUAUUCCUAAUUGCACAUCAACCAAAGCAA